AUGCUCAAGAACAUCACCAAGCCACUCCUCAGAGUUAACAACAACCAAUCAUCAAAGAAAAUUUUGGCUGUUGCUUGCAACAAUGUUGUAAAGCGUUUCGCCUCUGAAAAGAAGAAGGAUAAACAAGAAAUUGAAGAUGCCUUUUCUUACAUUCCAAAUCGUUUCGUUAAAUCACUCCCUGAUGAUUUGACUGAAGCCAUCCAAACUAAAAAACUUACCCUCACUCUCUGUACAAACAACAGUUACAUCAUCAGAAGUGAUAAAGUUGAUGACAUUUCUCUCUCCACUGUUGAAUUCGGUGACUAUGGUAUCUUCCCUAACCACAGAACUCAAGUUAUGAGAAUUAAUCCUGGACUUAUCAAAAUCAAAUAUAACGAUGAAAAGACUGUUAAAUGGUUCAGUGCUGGUGGUUUCGCUUUUGUUUACUAUCACGGUUUUGUUCAAUUGAACUUGUCUGAAGCAUACAAACUUGAUGAAUUGGAUGUCAAUCUCGUUAGACGUGAAGUUGAAGCUCAAAAGGAAUUGCUGAAGAGCAGAGACAAUGCUGUUAGAGGUCAAGCUGAAAUUGGUUUGGAACUCCUAGAACCAUUGUUGUCUACAUUGGAAGCUGCUGAAUAUGAAAUGUAAACAUAAUCUUCUAUCCACACACCAUAAUUACUUCCUUCCCGAUCACAUCUUACGGUCUUUACAAAUAAAUCUUGGGCAUUUCUUGCU